AUGUUUGAAGCUAUUGGAAGAAUUGUUGGAACUAGACACCAAGCCCCUCAUGCUGCUAGCGCACCAGUCGUACCUCAAGGCCUUGAAGCCGCACUUAAGUGGGCCAUACGGCGUGGGGUUCUCAGGGCGCUAAAGGCCGAUGACGCAGAGGAUAAAUGUAUUAGAGGAAAUAAAAAUUUGCACAUUCUACUAAAUCGAGUUUAG